GGCCGGCAGAGCUCCGGCUCCCACGCCGCCCCCCACUCCUCCUGGGCCACGGGCACACGCGCUCCAGCUCCCCGGCAGCCGCGCUCGGCCCCCCGCCGGUGUCCCCGUCGCUCCCAUGUCCGCCCUGCCCGUCUCCCCGCUGCGCUCCCCGGGGCCGCCGCUGCGGCCGCCCCGGGCCAAGAAAGACGAAUCCUUCCUAGGCAAGCUCGGAGGCACGCUGGGCCGGAAGAAGAGAUUCAAGGAGGUGAGCGAGCUCCAAGAGGAGGGCAAGAAUGCUAUCAACUCCCCCCUGGCGCCCGCCACAGUGGACAUCCACCCCGAGGACACCCUUCUUGAGGAGAAUGAGGAACGGACGAUGAUUGAUCCCACCUCCAGGGAGGACCCCAAGUUCAAAGAGCUUAACAAGGUUUUAAUUGACUGGAUUAAUGAUGUGCUGGUGGAGGAAAGGAUCAUCGUCAAGCAGCUGGAGGAGGAUCUGUAUGAUGGGCAGGUGCUGCAGAAGCUUCUGGAAAAGUUAGCCAACCGCAAACUGAAUGUGGCUGAGGUGACGCAGUCAGAAAUUGGUCAGAAGCAAAAGCUGCAGACCAUCCUGGAGGCGAUAUAUGAUGUCCUGCGGCCCCACGGCUGGGCCAUCAAAUGGAACGUGGACUCAAUCCACGGGAAGAACCUCGUGGCCAUCCUUCACCUGCUGGUUGCCUUGGCCAUGCACUUCCGAGCCCCGAUCCGGCUCCCCGAGCACGUAUCCGUGCAGGUGGUGGUCGUCAGGAAGCGAGAAGGCUUGCUGCACUCAACCCACGUGGCGGAGGAGCUGACCACCACCACUGAGAUGAUGAUGGGAAGAUUUGAAAGGGACGCCUUCGACACGCUCUUUGACCAUGCCCCGGAUAAGCUCAGCGUGGUGAAGAAGUCUCUAAUCACAUUUGUGAACAAACACCUUAAUAAGUUGAACUUGGAGGUCACAGAGCUGGAGACGCAGUUUGCAGAUGGUGUGUACCUGGUUUUACUCAUGGGUCUGCUGGAAGGAUACUUUGUCCCUCUUCAUAACUUCCAUUUAACUCCGGAGAAUUUCGACCAGAAGGUGCAUAAUGUCUCAUUUGCUUUUGAACUCAUGCAAGAUGGAGGACUUAAGAAACCGAAGGCUCGCCCAGAAGAUGUUGUCAACCUGGAUCUCAAGUCUACCCUGAGGGUUUUAUACAACCUGUUCACCAAGUACAAAAACAUUGAGUGAUCCUGGAAGCUGCUGAAAUAUUCAUCCCCUGACGCCUUCCCAAAGGAGAGCCGUGACUCGGUCUCUCCUCUGUGCCUUAUUCUAGUUUGCCCGUCUUCCUGAGACUGCAAGAAUCGUUGCCUCCUCUUCAGAGCCGUUUGACACGCUGUCUCCUUGGUGCUAUGGAGCUCUGGAAAUGAUGGGGCCAGGGCCAGGGGCUGGGGGCCCCCCGGGAUACUGGAUCCCCCAUCCUGCUUUGCUCUUGGGACAGAUGACAGGCUCAGACCCUGUCCCCAAUGGAGGCCUCCCAGCCUGUUCUAGGACGGAGUGCUCAGUGACCCGAGGCCUAUCCAAGCGCCCUCGUGCACUAUCCAGGCUUUCCGACUGUUUCCCAUGGGCCAGAAGGUCCUUUAAACCUGUGCUUUCCAGCAAAAACGGGCGUUGCAUUUUAUUUCUUUCCACUUUUCACCUUCCUUUCAAAGAAAAUCUGAAAUUAUUUAUGAGGAACUCUUGACAUUUCCUCUCUUUGUCCAAAUGUUUGGCCCCCAUUUAAAUGACAUGAACCACAUCCCCAGAGUGCAGAGCUUCUACAAAAAGUCCCUACUGAUGAGCCUGCUGAUUUAUUCUUAGGCUGGGAGGCUGCAGAUUUCCCUCGCCUAGAGCAAGGGGUUCCUCCAACCUGAUCUGGCUGAAUCACCCCAGGAAAGGAAUUUCCCUGGCUCAGUUUCUCCAACUGUCAAAAAGCAGGUAGAAGUAGACUUUAGGCCAUCUAGUCCAGCUCCCUCCUUUCUCAAGCAAAAUAAACAAAUAAACUCAGAUUUGAAAGUGAAAGAGACCCAGAGGCCCCCUUGUUGUAGAUGGGGAGCCUGGGCCCCAAGAAUAGUGACUUUUUAGCAUCACACUGAGAAGGAAAAUCAGGUAGAAUUUGAACUCGGGUCCCACUUUGAUAUUCCUGAGUCUAUUUGCAAUUACCUAUAUAACUAUUUCUUAACAUGACUUCAUUUCCCAGGACCUCUUGGUGGAAGGGGCGGCUGUUUCCUCCUCUAGAUUGUUCAGAGGCUGGAUUAUGGCUCGACCUGGGGACCCAGAGAAUGGGCCAGCCCUGGGACUUCCCCUGGAAUCAUGUCCCCUUCAGCAGGUGUUUGAGCUAAACUGUGGGGUUACGUGUUGGGAGACCACAACCAGCCUCGAUCUCCCUUUUUCCUGUGUCACCCUGCACACUCUCCCCAUCCUUCUGAGGUUGUUUCCUUACCUGUGACAUCAGUAAGCCAACCAAUGGGCAUUUAUUAAUCACCUGGGUACCUGAUGUAGUGCUUAAGGCAGGGUACAAAGACUCACCUUGGAGAGUUUGCAGUCUACUCUGCGCUGCUCCAUUCUGGGUAACGGGCAUUUAUUAGUUGCCUGCUGUGUGCCAGCCUGUGCUAAGUUGGGAGGAUAUAGAACAGAGACAGUUCCUGCCCUCAAGGAGCUUACAUUCUAUUAAUAUGUACUGAGCUGAGCACCUCCUCCAUGCCAGGCUCCAGGCUGGGGGAGAUGCAAAUGGAAGUUGCCCUGGUCCGUCUCCACUUCUGAGCUGGCUGUAAACCUGAGAUGAGAGGGGCCAGGGUGGCUUGAUGGGGAGAGCCUCGAGUUUGGAGAUGGAGAGCCCAGGUAAUGAAGCAUCUUGCCACCUGGCUAAGCUUGGGCAAGUCCUGGACGCUUUCCUGUGCCUCAGUUGCCUCCUCUGGCACCAGUGGGCACGGAGGUCCCUGCCAUUUCUGCCCAAGGGGGAUAUUUCUUUGUGGCCUCACUGGCCCUCUAGGAAAGUGGCCCUUCCACUCUCCAUCUGUGCCAUGGGGAGUGGGAGGCCAGGGCUGAUUUUCUCAGCCUUAUCUCGUCACCUGGGACAGAACCCGGUGUGGGGGGCUGUGUCCCAGCAGGGGUAGAGAGCAUUAGCCCUGGCACAGGGGGCCAGGGACUCUGAGACAUUCAGAGGCCACAGUGAUGGGAUCAGCAAGUCAGAGCAUCCUGUGCCUUCUGCAGAAGCCCUUGGGGCUCACGUAUGCCUCCAUGAGGGCUUGGGACAAAGGGUGCAAAUCCUGCCCUGGGGCUGGCAUUCGGACCAAGGGUGCCUGGAGCAGAGACUGGGCAUGCGGAGGGCAGAGCUGGAAGGAGCCCAGGGGAUGCUCUGGGCCCAACCCUUUCACUGCAGGGAAAGAAGCUGGGGUGGAACAGAGGCCCCCAGGACUAAGCAACAGGGCUCCUCAUGUCCAGGCCCAGAGCUCUUCCCAUUUUACUGAGUGUAUGGUCAGAGAACCUGAGAAGACGCAAUGUCAUAGCAGGGAGGGAGCCUAGAACAGGGGAUGUCAGAGCUGGGAGGGAGCCUAGAACAGGGGAUGUCAGAGCUGGGAGGGAGCCUAGAACAGGGGGUGUCAGGGCUGGGAGGGGCCUCAUAGUCUGACAAGUUUCAGGUCCCAAUAUACCCUAGAUUUUUGAUCACCAUCAAGAAGUUUGGAUUCUUUCUCAUCUUAGUACUGACCUCAGAAUAACAGUAGGAAGGGUGACAAUCCCCAGCAAGAACCAAUUCAUUUGUUUAAAGAUCCUGCUGUUUACUUUUAAAAGUUGUCUUUAAGGAAUGGAAACAAUUACAAGACAGCAUGUCUGGCAAUCGGCGGGCCAGCAUUUUCCCCAGCUGAGACGAUGGCUGCAAUCUCAUAUUUGUCACUCUUGGGAAAUUGAGGCCCUCUUUGCUCCAUGCUGGGUGAGCCUCCCCUUCCAGAUGGUGGGUUUCCCACCUCCCACCCCCAAGUUUUAGCUCUUGUUUUACCCCUACAGAUGUCACGUUCUGAUUAAACAUUUAGCACACAGAGAGACACUGACUGGUGCUCUCCAAACGCUGGGCCCAACCUCGCCUUCUUCACCUGUUCCUCAGAGAUGUUUCCCUCCUGGCCCCAGAUCUUUCCAUUCCCCUCAGCUUGGCUAGCACUGCCCCUGUUUCUUGGAACUGCUCAGAGGCUUCUGUUGUCAUUCCUGAUUCUCUCUCAGGCCUGAGUGCUGCCAAACUAACUAGAGGUAGAGUUUCUCCUGGGCUCCUUGGCUCCCCUUAGGAUGUCCCUUGUCUCCCUUGUCCUCCAUUUGUCAUAAAGCCCUCCCACUGAAGGUAGAAAAUAAGUGCUUCUGGCCAGGAAUCAGUUCCUGGCCACUUCCUUAAGCACAGGAUUAGAUCUGGAGCUGGGAAGGACGUCCAAAGUCACCUUGUCCAGCUCCUGCCCUUUACAGAACCAACCAAUGAGAAAUGCUUGAAGCUCAAUAAUCUCUCACUUCUGGGCUUGGCUGCCUUGGAAGCCUGUGCAAAAAGCCCAUCACCUUUCAGGGCCUCAUUUUCCUCAUCUUUAAUAUGAUAGGAUUUUGUUAAAAAGGAACAGUGUGGUGGGAGGUGGAUCAUUGGCUUUGGAACUAAAUAACCUGCGUUCGAAUUCCUCCUUUGUUAUUCUCUGUGACCCUUGGUAAACAGCUUCAUUCCCUGGGCCAGGGAUCUGGCAGAUCCCAUCGACUUCUAGGUCAACGUGCCUCUGGUUAGAAUUUCUCUAAUAACCUAUUUUUUCUUCUCUGAAUCUAUUCACUAUCCAUUGCUUCCCUUCUCUUCUUCAGUCCCAACCUUUAACUGUAAGAAGUGUUGAAAACAUCACAUGUCUCUCAUCCUCCAGUAUUCUGCCCUUAAUUUUAAUCUUCUAUUUCCAGUGUAAGGUUAUGGCUCAAUGAAGCUAUUAAAUUUGCAAUUUAUUAUUCUAAUAGUGGCUCAUACUUAUCCAGCAAUUUAAGGCUAAUGGAGAGUUUCCUGCUCAACCAUGCUGGCAUGUUAAUCCCUUUGACUUCAAGGAUCUGAGAUUUCCUUUGUGCCUUUCCUUUACCCACUAAUGAGAUGCCAGUCCUAUUGGGUCCACUCUUUCAUGACUAAACAUGACCUGGAAAGUCAUCCCUGGUGGCUAACUGAUGAUGAACUCUCUUAUGCCGGGGAGUCUGGUCCUCAGAAGAAAGCCAUCAUCCAGCUCCCUCAGAAGGUUCUGUAGCUUGGAGAGUGACCCACCCAAACAUUCAUCCAUUGACAUAAUCUUUGGGAGUCUCUGUAACACACUGAGCCAUCAGAUGGAGAAAAGAAGGUAAAUUAUAAAAAUGGCAAUUGGAUGGGUUCUAGUUGUUGGCCAUAGGUAGAGCAAGGACCAAGUUACUGGGAAGCCCAUUUAGGCUCAGGAGAAGGACCAGCUUCAAAAAGGAUGGCUUGUCCAGCAUUGGAAAGGCUUCCUAGAAAGACUGGGGGGGGGGGUAUCCUACCGGAAUAAUGCUGAGGUUCUCUCCUUACCCAGGCGAGGGAUGAUCUUUGAAUUUCCAUCUAGACGGAGAUUCUGGCAUUCACUGACAAUUGUAGCAGCUGAAAUGAGGAGUUCCAGUUAAAACUUUUUUUUAAACUUUGAAUAUAAUUGGUCCUUCCCUUACUCUCUCUGAACUAGCUUUUGUGAUUGUGUGGAAAUCUGGGAAACCACUAUGGGAUUGAAUAUGGGCUUUUCUGUGUUCUACUUAUUUGGGGG